AUGCCGGGAUCCAACCACUCCCCGUCCGACCUCCCGCUAUCGGAGACCCUCUCUGCGCGAUCUUAUCUCGAGCUCGCCCGCCAGGGAUUUCAGCUCCAGCUCCAGCCCGAAGACCAUACACCACCGAGCAUCCUGGAAUCGCCGCUCUUAGAGGCCCCAAUCGAGAGCGAGAGCAAGUCGGGCCCACGCCUGCGGCCUCGCGAACGUCGGCCAGUCCGGAAGGAUUCAGAGAAGACCGAAACAGCACCCGAUGAUCGCCCUGCGCGAAAACGAGGCCGACCUAGGCUGGAAACUGCCAAGGAUGCGGCUGCAAUUGAGGAACGCCGCUUGCAAAUCAGACGGGCACAGCGCACCUACCGGCAGAAGAAGGAGGCGACCAUUCAGACGCUGAAGACCCGCGUCGAGCUGCUCGAGCAGACCCUACAGAAUGUGUCAGAUCUCCUCGUGUCGGUUGACGACGACGUAGUCAGCAGCCGUACGGGACACAGUGACCUCUCUCGCGCGAGACAGCUGGUGCUAGCGGAGAUUGACAGGGCUCGGGAACUUCCCGCAGACAGCAGCCACCAACUUGGACAGACUCCGGGGUCGUUGCCUGAUGUCUUUGGGUAUCAAGUCGCGCUUGCUAGGAGAGAUAUUCACGGUGAAACAUCGUCUUGCAAACAUGUCCACGAGAAAAGCAACCCGACACAUCCCCACCCACGAUCCCCGUCCCCUCUCCUCAACCGUCUCUUCCCCUCAACAACCAUCUACACCUACAGCUACCAAGAAUCUGAUCUGUCUAGGCGCCUGCAGCGCUUCUGUCUGGAACAUACCUACCGCUGGCUCGCAGAUGCACACUCCGACCCUACCCUCAUGAGCCGCGUCUUCGGACUACUGCCAUGCAUCCAAGAUAUGCCGGGAGUGCGGCGCAACUUCCGGCGCGUGCUGCAAACCGAGAUCGGCGGGCCACUGGAAGUAAACAAACUACCGUUUUAUACACUCGGCGGCGCAGGCACGCAUUUCCCGCGCUCUGGCACAGAUGGCCGGCCCGUUUAUCCAGAGAACUCAAGGCGACCUGGUAAGAUUUUAAGAAGGCUGGCGAGGAUCUUGCGGAGGGGCGGUAUCUCCGAUUGGGAUGAAGAUUGGAGUGGAGAUCUGGAGCCUGAUCUUGGCGACGAACAGGGCGAGGAAGUACGAUCCAUGAGUGAGGAUGAUCGCCUGCGCGCAUUGGAUCUGGAGGGCGAGUGGUUUGACUGCCACGACGUCCAAGGGUACCUCGAACACUGUGGUAUCAUCGCGGAUGGCUCGUCGUUGUGGGUGGAGGUUCCAGCUGCGACAGUUGAUGCUCUCUAUAGCCCAUCGCCGGGCCGUGCUUCAGAUUAUUCUGCAUCGCAAUUCUAUGUGUCCCCUGGGGAGCUCUCCUCAAGUGACAUCAGCGAGCCGCAGUAUCUGGGGCAGUCGACGCAUAUCCUAGAUGUUGAAAGCUUCUUCGAUUGUGAGUGUGGGCGCCAUCCGGCAUUUUCGAUUAACCUCAGUCACCGGCUAAAACCAUCCCUAGUACUUCUCGCCAAUUUCAGAAUCCUCGGUCGAGCCCCGGGUUUCCGACUGUGGGACGUAGACGCCGCGCUUCGCACGGCGAUUCACCGCCGAUCCUUUUGA